UCUGCCGGAGCCGCGCCGGAAGCUAGGUGGGCCAGGGAGUCGCGAAGCUGAGUUCCGCCAUGGCGCACCAGGUGCCCAUCAGCUUCAAGGACCUGGCCGUGCGGUUCUCUGAAGAGGAGUGGCGGCUCCUGCAGGAGGGGCAGCGGGAAUUCUACAGAGACGUGAUGCGGGAAAACUACGAGACGUUGGUGUCUGUGGGGACUGCUGAGCUGCUUCCUCUCUCUGCUUUCCUGUCACCCGCAGAGUCUGGAGGAGGCACAGCAGGAGAGAGCCAUGAUAAGGGACAAGAACCCCCUUUGGAGCAUGGUCCUCAGGGAGAGCAACCGCAGCAGAGCCUACACCUCACGGCCUUGGUGCAGCUGGUGAAGGAGAUUCCAGAGUUCUUGUUUGGGGAAGUGAAGGGCACCGAGGACUACUCCGAGAGUGGGAGCACCAGUCUGGAUGGGGAGCAAACGAGCCCUGAGGUAGGAAUUGCUGAUAAAUCACUGUCUCUAGAGAAGGAAGGCGUAGGAGCCUUGGGAGAGACAUCCAUUCAUCCCACUCAAAGCCUGGAUCAGAGCAAGAGCCGCCUAGGCCAGGAUACAGGCAGCAUGGAAACAGGAACCUCUCCCGAGAACAGUCCCUUGCAAGGCCUCAUCAACUGUCUGAAGGAGAUCCUUGUGCCCCUGCCCCAGCACCGGGGGACAGCCCCAGACUUGUCAUCUUCUCUCCCUGGCUUGAGUGUGUUGAAACAGACCAGAGCUGAGGUGGAGGCGGGGAGCCUGCCCUGCCCGGUCAAGACAGAGGCAGCAUCCGGGGAUUGUCCCCUUCAGGGCCUGCUGAACUGUCUGAAGGAGAUCCCAGAAGCCCCAGGCAGGCGUCCCAGCCCCUCAGGAGCAGCAGACCUGCGGCUGCAGGAGGAUCCAGGGAAAAGGAAUUCUGGAGGGAUGAGAGCCCUCCAGACUCCUCCCCAUCCCGGUCAUGCAGCUGGCAGUGUGCUGGCCACAGUGAAGGUGGAAGAUGUCUGGGCCCAGAGUCCCCUGGUGCCAGCAUCCUGCCAGCUUAGCAGGCAAAGCCACAGUCCCUAUUCUACUGGAGACACCAGAGAGGUCCGUGUGCCCCGCUGGGGCCCCUUGACUCUAGCCAGCAGGGCCUCAAGCUCACCUCUAGAAGCUCUGGAGGCCUGUCUGAAGGGCAUUCCUCCAGGUGGGUUAUCACCUCUUCAGUCACUAGCCAUCUCAUGGUCCAGAAGUCCCCAGCCAGGAGAUGCUGGGUCUCAGAGGUCUGAGCUACAGCCGCAAGGAUCUCACAGUGAAGGAGCUACAAGGGAGCCACUUCUGCCUCUGAGCUUGCAGGGCUACAUGAGAGAAGGACCUGGGAUUCAACCCUGUGGCUCCCAGGGUACCCCUUCCAGCUUCUCCUCAGCCAGCAGCAGUGAUGGGGAUCUGGAUUUUGGGAGCCCUAGGAGCAGCCAUGGACAACGGCUUGGGAAAGGAUAUCCACCAGGAAACUCUCCACUCCAAGGCCUGGAGAACUGUUUGCGAGAGAUCCCUGUUCCCAGGCCACAGGCUGCCUGGCCUUGCCCCUCGGCUGCAGACAGGGGGUUGAAGAGAACAGAGCCCAGGAACUGGGCUACAGACAGAGAAGGACUGAGGAGCGAGGCAUGUGAACCACCCCACCUCAGACAGGGUCGGGGAGAAGUAGCCAGCAGGAGUCUCCAUCGGGGCAAUCCACAGACCUGCACUCCCACCUGCCACCAGCUGAUCACCAGGCCGGGAACAUGGCAAUGGCCGCAAGAUGAGACACCCACCAUGCCCUCCCCUCUACACCGCCUGGAGAACUCUCUGAAGGGGAUCUUGCCCAUGAGGCCCUUGCGUUUCACCUGCGUGACUGGUCCCGGCCCCAGUCCCAGUCCCUGCUCCAGUUCCAGCUUCAGCAGCUCUGAUGGAGAAGACCAGAGGCCAGAGCCUGCAUUCUGGCAGCCACCCCCCAAGAAGAAAGACCAGCUUCCCUCCUGUAAGGGUCCCGUCCCUCAGUGCCCUGUCUCGGGAGCAUCCCCAAGAGUCGACAACAAUAGCUGUCUUGCUGAUGACCCUGAGAGCACAGAGCACAGGGACUGCAGCAGCCUCAGUGCAGGAAGAGCAGAAGGCACAGAAGUUAAGUCCCACCCACCCAGAAUAGAAGAGGCUGCAGAGCGCACCUGCCCACCUGGCCCUGUCUGCAGUGUUGAAGAAAAAGGAGAAGGGAAAAGAGGAGAAGCAGCUGGGCACCCACAGCCUGCCACUCAACUGGAGGAAAGGCCUGAGCCCAAGGGUUCUGAAGACCCCAGGGACCCGGCGCCUGGACCUGGGCAACCUAGUGCUGCAGACAGGACCCAAGAGAAGCUGCUCUCUGGGGACCCUCUGGAGCCAUCCAACAAGUCUCCCCUUCCCACGUCUAUCUUGUCAGAGUGGCCACCUGCUUCUCUCCAGCCACCAUGCACCUGUGGCAGGUCCCUGCAGCAGGAGCUGCACAGCCUUGGUACUGCCCUCACAGACAAGCUGGACCAGCUUGCAGCAGCGUUGGCAGGCCUGUCCCAGGAAGUGGCCGCCAUGAGGACCCAGAUGAAUCAGCUGGGGAGGCGCCCGUGGAACCUUGGACCAAAAGGCCGGGCUUCCUGGCAGUUGGCCCUCCCCCAGAGACUUCGCUGGGCCAACAGACUGAACCACAGACAUCUACCCUACUGGAGGCAGAAGGGCCCCACCAAGCCCAGACCAAAGAUCCUGCGAGCCCAGGCAGAAGGUUGCAAGGCCGGUGACUGCCCAGGACUCUCUAGAGGGAAGGACAGUUUGGUGCCUCUGUUGCCUCCAGAUGCUUCCUUGGUAGACUCUCCCAGGCCCACCUGUAGUUCCUCCCAGCAGAUCUCCUCUGCUGGAGGCCACACUGUGCUAACUGCACUCCCCCUUCUGGAACACACCGGGUGCCACCAGAAUCCCCUCUCCCCUUCAGUGCCUACUGCCUUGGUCCCCCGUGUGGCCUCACCAGCAGCCCCUGCAGACACAGAACCUAGGGCUGCUAGAGUGGCAGCAAUCAGCAUUCCAAACCAGCCCAAGGAACCUAGCAGCCUUCUAGGGGGACCGCUCAGCAAAGACCUCUGGGGAGGUGACCACAGGGAUCCAAGGUGGGGGGCCCAUUAACUGUGCCGCUUGUCUGCCUAGCCUAGCUGGGGAUGCCGGGUGGUGGAGAUGUCCUAGUGGGACCCUCUGGGGUCCAGCCGUACCAGGCUACCUGCUUCCCCGGGGUCGUAUCUUCCUUCUUUCCCAUUCAGCCAGCCCUCUCAUUGCUGCUUCACAUCUGGCCCUUUGCCUCUGCUGUGCCAGGCCCCUAUGGUGUCUGCACGGAGCCACCAUAGAGGCAUUCCUCAGCCAUACCUCUGGCUUUCUCAGCUCAGGUUCAGCCAGCUGCUCUUCCUCCCACUUAGCAGAGCCAUCUAGGAUCCAGGUGGGUGUCGUGUGUACCGCAUGUGCACGGAGCCAGCUGCAGAGAGCACCACGGGGGCACCGUAAUCUGAUUACCUGUUCCUGAUCUCAAGGACACUGAAAGGCUACCCUUUGUCUGCCUAGAACGAAUACUUCACAGAUCUCAUUUGGGGAGAGCCUGGCCUGUGGUCUAAGUCCAAUUAACCCCACAUGGAUUUUAAAAUUAAAUAUAUUAGCUGCCAAGAAAAGGGCACUGGCUUCUAGGGAAAGGUGCUCAGAAGGGCCGACACUCAGGCAUGCUUGCCUGGAUGGUCACCCGGACUUCCACACAUACACCUGAACUCGUGCAGUGUGACUGAAGACAGAAUGCCGCAGGUCCCCUGGGGAGAGUUCUGCACAUGUGCCAGUCUCUUAGGCUGUAUACAAAGUCUCACACUUAGUCUAGGCAGCUUAAAUCAGGAGUCCCAGAACCAGGUCCUGUCAGGAUUGGUUCAGCAGGGGACCUCUGGCUCUGUUGAAGGCUCUCUUCGUGCUCAGAUGGCAUCUUCUAGGAGUCUUUUCUCCAAAUGCCCCCUUGUACCAGUACACGGGAUGUUUUGGGUGGCAUCCAUUCCCAUUCGAACUUGAAGACUCUAAGGAACAUCACAGUCUGAAGUGCCAGGGGGGAGCGACAUGGUGUCAGCCUUUUGACACAGCAUUGUCACCCAGAAAGUUCACAUUCAAGAACCAGACAGUUGAGAUUAAAA